AGACGAGCACCCCAAAUUAAGCAUAAUCACAAACAUAACCCAAAAAAAUAAAUAAUGAGACAGACCCAAACAAAAAAAUGAAAUGAUCAUUUUACGCCUUAUAAUCAUUGGAAGCAACACUGGUAUAUUGCAAAGGUAAAGAAGGGUUAUAUGAUUGAUCAUCAUGAUCUUUAAUGAUGACAAUGCUGAUAAAGUGAUAGUACCUCAUUUACCCAGGUGGGUCAAUGUUAUAUGUUUCUAUUCUUCAAUUGUAUCAACAUGUAUAAUCUUCCUUAGCAUCAUCUUACAUUUACUAAAUUAUCGGAAACCUUUUCAACAACGAUUGAUGAUAAGAAUUCAAUUGAUCGUACCGUUGUUUGCCCUCUCUUGUUAUUUGAUGUUGGUCAAUCAAACGUCAGUGGGGGUUAAAUACAUCAUCGAACCAAUACGAGAAGUGUAUGAAGCAUUUGUCAUUUAUACCUUCUUUUCAUUAUUAACAGAUAUGUUGAAUGGAGAACGGAAUAUAAUCAUCAUGACUAGUGGAAGACAACCCGUGGAUCAUCCUGGUAUAUUCAAAUACAUGUUCCCACCCAUGGACAUAUCUGAUCCAUUCACAUUUUUAAAUAUUAAAAGAGGUAUCCUACAAUAUGUAUGGUUAAAACCAAUCAUGUGUUUUGCUAUUUUAUUAUCAGAAUUAGUCGGUUGGUAUGAUGUCAAUGAUAUGAGUUAUAAAUCAGUAUAUUUAUGGUUGACCAUCAUAUAUAAUCUUAGUGUUUCAACUUCAUUAUAUUGUUUAGCUAUGUUCUGGAAGAUUUUAUGGAAUGAUUUAAAACCUUUUAAUCCAAUUGGGAAAUUUUUAUGUGUUAAAUUAAUCAUUUUUGCAAGUUAUUGGCAAGGUGUCCUUAUUGGUAUAUUAAAUGUAUUUAAAUUAUUACCUGUGAAUGACGCCGAUGGUUCAGUUAUUGAAAAUGGUAGUAUUGGAGUUUGUAUUCAAAAUGCUUUAUUAUGUUUUGAAUUAAUUGCCUUUUCAAUUGGUCAUUGGUAUUCAUUUUCUUAUCAUCCAUUUUCGAUAUCUCAAUUACCUUAUGGUAGAUUACAAUUAAAAUAUGCUUUUAAUGAUAUGAUUGGUAUCAAAGAUUUAAUUCAUGAUUUUGAAUUAACCUUUUAUGGGGAUUAUUAUAAAGAUUAUAAAUCAUUUGAUUCAGUUGAAGCAUUAAUUGCUCAUCCAGAUUCUAAGGGUAGAAUGAGUAGAAUAAAUCAAGGAUUAAGAUAUCAUUAUGAUGGAAAGCAAAAACAUUGGUUACCAAAUAAUGCACCACCUAGCUCUAAUAGUAAUUCAUCAAAUCAUGUUAGAAGUACUUCAGAAAUUAAUGCCGUACAUCCUACAACCAAUACACCGUUAUUAUUUGCCAAUUCUGAAUAUGCUGCUUCUGUACAUUCAACUGGUACAUCAAUGAGGGCCGUUUAUGCAUCAUCUCCUAAAAGUAGUCAUAUAUCACCUCCUGAUUCACCUCCUUUAAUAGCGUCUUUAACAGCAAAUAAUCAAGGUAUAUCAAUAAGUGAAAUUUUAAAUACUGAUGAAUUUAAUUAUGAUAAAGAAUUACUAGAUGAAGAUGAGCUUUAUUAUCAAAAGGCAUGUUCAAUUAUAAAUAAUUAUAAUUUAGAUCAAUUAGAAAUCAAGAAAUUAUUACAUUAUCCCAUUGUUGAUGAAUUAAUCUAUGGUCAUGAAUAUGGUUAUAAAGUUAAAAAAUUACGACAAGAACGAACAUUAUUGCAACGGAAUUCUCUUAAUGGCUCUAGCCAUAGUAAUAAUAGUAAUGGGUUGAAUUCUAAUGAAAGUUAUAGGUAUGGUAGCAUUGUAUAAUAAUGGGCAGGUUAUAUUUAAUAUUUUAUGUUUUAUUCUUCUUUUAUAUUGCAUUUUUUACAUGAUUUAAAUAUAAG